AUGGACAAUGAAUUAAUAGAUAUACCAAUUGAUUAUGAUGAGCCAAAGUUAGAAUCAUAAGAAUCAUAGCAAGGAUCGUAGGAAACAGUAUCUCAAAUAAUAAGUCUCACUCCAACUAGGGUGUAAAGUGAAAUAAAUCAAAAGUCCAACAUUAAUAUCAUUAAAUUCCAUCUGACUGAGUAAGUCUCUUAAAGUUACACUUAAUAUUAUGAAAAUAUUUCAUAUGUCCUUUGCAGUUAAAUUAAUGAUGAACAAUCAAAUACAGUGCAUCGGAAAUACACUCAUUUUGAAUGGCUUAAUGGUGCAUUAAAACGAGAAUUUCCUGGAUUACUCAUUCCAGCCAUUCCACCAAAAACUGUUUUAGCAAAAAUUAAUCUAACUGAACAAACUUCAAUAAUAAGAGAGAAACGAUAUAAACAAUUAGAAGAAUUUUUAAACAAAAUUAAGGAUCAUCCUUAAUUGUAAGUAAGUAGUAAAUUUCUAAUUUUUCUUACUGGAUCCUCAGAAGUAAUGCAAUAGGAACUCUUAGAAUUAUCCUAAUAUCAAAAUUAUGCUUAUCAAUUGGGAUCAGCUAUUGCAAAUGCUGGAUCAAAGGCGUAUGACAUAGCCAAAGGAUCUUUUAAUUAUUUAAGUAGUUUUAUCUACACUGGAUAAUAGAAUUCCUUAAAGUAUUAACAAUAUCCUGAAUAAGAAAUUCAAUAAGAUGUAAAGGAAUGUUUUGAAAGUUGGGAGGAUUUAUUGAUUGAAGAAUAGUAAAAGGUUAAAAGGAUUUUUGAAUAAUACUAAAAUAUUGUCAAUAUUAAAUAGGAGCAAAAUGAAGACACAAGGAAAGUGAUAAGUUCUUUGAAAGAACUUGAACAUCCUUAUUUGGAAAAGGAUAUUAGCAAAACUGAAGCGAGUUGCUCCAUUAAUGAGGCCAUCUUAAAUGAAAUUAAGGUGAGUGUCAUCUUCAAAUUAGAGCUCUGCAUUCUUGAUAUAGAUGAAGCUAUGGGAACAAUUAAGAGAAGAUCUGAGUUGAUUUAUCAGAUUUAACAAUAGAUCAAAAUACACAAUCAAAUCGAAUCUGUUAAUGAAAAAAUUUAGUAUAAAGAACAAAUCAGAGAAAACUAAAAGUUGCUAAAAACAAUUGAAACAAACUUUCAGAAUGAUAUUAAGAUAUUUGCAAAUUGGCUUAACAAGUAUCUUGAUUAAUUAAUUCGAUUUUAUAAUGAAUAGUUUUAAAAAUUAUACAGAGAAUAAAACAAAAAUUGGAAUGAAUGA